UGCCUUUCACAUGACUUCACCUCCUGUCCUACUAGUUCAUUUUUGCUAGUAUUUAUUGCUCUGUUUUUAAGAGUAUAGUUCUUCUAUAAGGAUCAUAGGAAUACAAGGUAUCUUUGUACUACUGACAAGCAUUUGAAAAGGAAAGAAGUCUAAUUCUGAGGUAACGUGUAAAAGGGAUCUGUGCAAAGAUGGGGUUAUCUCUUGACAAAGGCAGACAUUCACCUUCCUACUCAUGGCGGCAAAGUUAUGGACUCCAACUGGUAGUUCUUGUAUCUCUUCUUGUUAUUUUUCUAUGCCCUGAUGCUUCAAGUGGGAAUAAACUUAGGCUGAUGCUUCAGAAAAGAGAAGCUACUAAACCUGACAAAACUGCAGUGGCCGUAGAAGGAAAUAAAGCUAAUGAAUUCUUAAAUUCACUGAAACGUCCAAAACGACAACUAUGGGACAGGUCUCGGCCUGAAGUGCAGCAAUGGUAUCAACAAUUCCUCUACAUGGGCUUUGAUGAAACUAAAUAUGAAGAUGACAUGGCUUAUUGGAUGAACCAAGGACGCGGUGGUUCUGAAUACUAUGGAGGUUUUCACCAACAUCACUAUGAUGAGGAUGCAGCUAUUGGUCCUCGCAAUCCUUAUACUUUCAGACAUGGAGCAGGAGUGAAUUAUGAUGACUAUUAAACUCAGAUUUCCUGCAGUGCACUGUAGCUUUAUAAUAAAAAAAUAAUACCUUUAACAGAUUAGAAUGAAAGUGCACUGAAAUACAUCAAUGAUGUUGCAUAUUUUAGUAGUAGAUUAUACAAAAGCAAUACAAAUCAUUUUCAACUAUUUCCUUUCAUACAUUGCUGUCACCUUUAUGGAUUCUAAAUGUAAAAAAUAGGAUAGCAACUAGUUAAAAGGAGACAUAAUCAAUUUCUUACAACGCACAAAGUUUCUAAAGUGCCUAUGUUUGGCAUACUUAUGUUUUGUAUACUUUUUCAUGCUAAGAAUAAAAAUACAAUUCUGAAAUUGUUUCUACAGUAA